CUAUUAGGAUGGUGCACGGCACGUUAAGAAACAUAAAGGAUGUGGAGCUACAUCUAGAUGCUAUCCUGGUGGGAGCAGCAGUCACAGGACUCUACCUCUGGUGGAGAGCUUGUGAUAGCAAACACAGGAUGGUCGUACCUUCUCCUUGCUCCUUACCUGUGGACGGUGUCGAGACACACAGAAAGAGUAUAUUUGACGAGGAUGAGACUGUUUUAUCCAGCACUAAGUCCUCCAUAACUACCAUUAGGAACCUGUUCGAGGAAGGACUCGAAAUCAACCCCUCGGGUAAACUAUUCGGUUACCGAGAAGGAGCUAGUCCCUAUAGGUGGAUAUCCUGGACAGCAGGGGACAGACAGAUACAGGACUUCAAUGUGGGCUCGUUCAGCUGGGUCUACAGGCUGGGUCUACAGGGUAAGUGGGGGAGGGGGGACAGACAGAUACAGGACUUCAGAUGUGGGCUCGUUCAGCUGGGUCUACAGGGUGGCCAGGAAACACUGGUGGGUAUAUUCGCCAAGAACUCGCCUCAGUGGCACAUGACAAUGCAAGCGGCGACCGGGAACAGUAAUAUCGCAGUUCCCCUCUACCUAACACUAGGAGACAAAGCGAUGAGUCACAUCCUGAAAGAGACUGGCCUGACUGCUGUGGUGUGUCAAAACAGCAGUGUGGAGAGGUUGCUAGAGUUCGUUACAGAAGGGUGCAAGAUAACAACCGUUAUCUCAGUAGGACACGUGACCGACUCUUCUACUCUCCACAAACUGAGCUCUCUCAAUAUAAAGUGUCUGGAAUGGGACGAGGUCAGAUCUCUGGGCUCCAAAGUUACCGACUUUAAGUCCUCUCCACCUACUGCUGACGAUAUUGCUAUUAUCUGUUACACUAGUGGUACUACAGGUAAACCGAAGGGAGCCGAGCUAACCCACAAGAACAUCGUGUCCUGCAUGAAGAUGCAGUGGAGACAACUCUGGAAGUUCCAGGGCAAAUUCAACAAAGAAGAGACUGUUAUUUCCUACCUGCCCCUGGCGCAUGUGUACGGCUUUGUUGCGGAGUGUAUUGUACUGUUUGUGGGUGGCAAGAUUGGGUAUUCUAGAGGUGACACGAAGUUAUUGCUGGAUGAUAUCCAGGAGCUCAAACCCACAAUAUUCCCGGCGGUACCCAGAGUACUUAACAAAGUGUACGAUAAAGUAAACGCUCAGCUCGACCUGAAACCCUUCGUUGUCAAGAACGCGUUUAACUAUGGAGUUGGGUGUAAAGUAGCGGAGGUGGAAGGGGGGAUUGUGAGGAACGACAGUGUAUGGGAUACACUCUUCUUCAAGAAGAUACAGGACAAACUAGGAGGGAGAGUCAAGAUAAUAAUGAGCGGAUCAGCCCCCAUGCAAGAUCACGUGAUACAAUGGUUCAGAGCUGUCAUGGGAACGAACAUAGUGGAGGGGUACGGACAAACCGAGACAUCAGCUGCUUCUUCUAGUUACCUUCUUGGAGAUACUGUACCAGGUCACGUGGGAGUGCCAGGACCACAGUGGCAGAUAAAACUGGUGGAUGUUCCGGAGAUGGGCUACUUUGUUAAGGAUAACAAGGGAGAAGUGUGCGUCAAGGGACCGGGAGUAUUCCAGGGUUACUACAAACAACCGGAGCUGACAGCAGAGGUGCUGAAGGAGGGGUGGCUGUACAGUGGGGAUAUAGGCACCUGGACACCUGAGGGCAGACUACAACUCAUCGACAGGAAGAAGAACAUUUUCAAACUGUCCCAGGGAGAGUACAUCGCCCCGGAGAAGAUUGAAAUAGUUUAUGAACGAUCUCCCUACGUUUCACAGGUCUACGUUUACGGAGAAAGCAUCAAAUCAUCGUUAAUAGCAGUCGUGGUUCUAGAUGAGGAGUAUCUCUCGGCAUCUCACCCUCAGGAAUUCGCAAACAUUCCUAUUUCAGAGCUACCAGAUUCCAAGGAAUUUACAGAUUUCGUUCUUGAUUCGAUGCUAAAAUUAGGCAGCGAAGAACUCAACAGUCUGGAACAGGUUAAAAGAAUAAAGCUGCUCCCAGAAUCAUGUGCUUUUACCAUCGACAACGAAAUGCUCACCCCAACAUUCAAGAAGAAACGACAUAACAUUCGGGAGAAUUACAGACCAGUUCUUGACACUCUCUACAAGGGAAUAGACUAAUUAAUCCAUUUAUCAACAAAUUAAUCAAAAACAAACAGACAGAACUAUUCUCUCAACGACACACUGAAAAUCAUCGUUGUUAAUGAUUACAUUUCAUAAAAGUCCGACUGGAAGUGAUUUCAGUAUUUCACUGAUAUGAUCAAUCGUCUGAGAGAGUUGGUAAUUAGAUUUACUACUAUACAACACAUUAAAUGCUUAAUGCGUUAUUUUUAACCGAACAUAUAGAACAAUAAUUAUAACUCAUUUGUAUCUUCAUUGUUUAUGAAAAUGACAAUUUUUGUCCAAUAAGAAGGUUCGUGACUAAAACACUUUUAUACAUUGGUAUGCUAAUGAUGUUUUUAUGUUUUCAUUAUCAAACUGCUAGUGAAAA